AUGUCUUGGAAGAGAAAUUAUUUUUCAGGAAGCCGUGGUAGUGUCCAAGGGAUGUUUGCACCUCGAAGUUCGACUUCCAUAGCCCCCAGCAAAGGUCUCAGCAAUGAGCCAGGACAAAAUAGCUGCUUCCUCAAUAGUGCCCUACAGGUUUUAUGGCACUUGGACAUCUUCCGGCGUAGCUUUCGGCAGCUCACAACUCACAAGUGUAUGGGAGAGUCGUGCAUCUUUUGUGCUCUCAAGGGAAUCUUUAACCAGUUUCAGUGUAGUAGUGAAAAAGUACUUCCAUCUGACACUCUCCGCAGUGCUCUGGCAAAGACGUUUCAGGAUGAACAGCGUUUCCAGCUGGGAAUUAUGGAUGAUGCUGCAGAGUGCUUUGAAAAUCUCCUGAUGAGAAUUCACUUCCAUAUUGCUGAUGAAACCAAAGAAGAUAUAUGUACUGCUCCACAUUGCAUCUCUCACCAGAAAUUUGCAAUGACGUUGUUUGAGCAGUGUGUAUGUACUAGCUGUGGUGCCACUUCUGAUCCACUGCCUUUUAUUCAGAUGGUACAUUACAUCUCUACCACUUCCCUUUGCAAUCAGGCCAUUUGUAUGUUGGAAAGACGGGAAAAACCUUCACCGAGUAUGUUUGGUGAACUACUGCAGAACGCCAGCACAAUGGGAGAUCUGCGGAACUGCCCUAGCAACUGUGGAGAGAGGAUCCGGAUUCGCCGGGUGUUGAUGAAUGCUCCACAAAUUAUCACAAUUGGGCUGGUAUGGGACUCUGAUCACUCAGACUUGGCAGAAGAUGUCAUCCACAGCUUGGGCACUUGCCUGAAACUGGGUGAUCUGUUUUUCAGAGUGACAGAUGAUCGGGCCAAGCAGUCUGAACUGUACUUAGUAGGAAUGAUCUGUUACUAUGGCAAACAUUAUUCCACAUUCUUUUUCCAAACAAAAAUCCGAAAAUGGAUGUAUUUUGAUGAUGCUCAUGUCAAGGAGAUUGGCCCCAAAUGGAAGGAUGUGGUGACCAAAUGCAUCAAGGGGCAUUAUCAGCCUUUGCUGUUGCUUUAUGCAGACCCCCAGGGAACCCCAGUGUCUAUCCAAGACCUUCCUUCCCAAGUUGAGUUCCAGUCAUACAGCAGGACAUGCUAUGAUAGUGAAGAUUCAGGGAGGGAGCCCUCCAUCUCAAGUGACACUCGAACAGAUUCCUCAACGGACAGCUAUCCCUACAAACACUCCCAUCACGAGUCUGUGGUCAGUCACUUCUCUUCUGAUUCUCAGGGGACAGUCAUCUAUAAUGUGGAGAAUGAUUCCACGUCUCAGAGCAGUCGGGACACAGGACACCUGACUGAUAGUGAAUGUAAUCAGAAACAUACGUCCAAGAAAGGAUCACUGAUAGAGCGCAAGAGGAGCUCUGGCCGUGUUAGGAGGAAAGGCGAUGAGCCACAGGCCUCAGGGUACCACAGCGAAGGAGAAACACUGAAAGAGAAGCAGGCUCCAAGAAAUGCCUCUAAACCAUCCAGCAGCACCAACAGAUUGAGAGAUUUUAAAGAGACAGUCAGCAAUAUGAUCCACAACAGGCCUUCAGUCGCUUCUCAGACCAACCUAACUUCUUCCUUUGGUAGUAAAGGUGGAGACCAGCCUGAAAAAAAACCUCCUAGGAUCCUGCCCUUGCACUCUCAUGACUGGGAAGUAGCGAGUACCAGCAGUGAGUCAAAGUCCAGUUCUUCAAGCAAGUAUCGUGCAACAUGGAGACCAAAACGAGAGUCUCUGAACAUUGACAGUAUCUUUAGUAAGGACAAAAGGAAGCACUGUGGCUAUACGCAACUUAGCCCCUUUUCUGAAGAUGCAGCAAAAGAAUUUACGCCAGAUGAACUAAGCAAGCCACCUGCUUACAGCAAUAAAGCUGGUGGACCAAGCACCCGAUAUAAGUCCUGGGGUCCAGCACGACCAGGCUCUCACCUUUUAGAGCAGCACCCCCGUCUGAUCCAGCGAAUGGAAUCUGGCUAUGAGAGCAGUGAGCGGAACAGCAGCAGUCCUGUCAGCUUGGAUGCAGUCCUGCCUGAAAGCUUGAAUGUCUGCAGGGAUUCAAAUGCUAAGAGAUCAACUGGGUUGUUCCCUGCCUGGCAUCACAUCCCAAAGUCUCACAGCAGUAGCAUCCUGGAGGUGGACUCCACAGCAUCCAUGAGUAGCUGGACAAAGAGUCAACCUACCUCAGGUGAAGAGAUAUCUUCCAAAAGUGAACUGGAUGAAUUACAAGAAGAAGUGGCCAGGAGAGCCCAGGAACAGGAACUGCGAAGGAAACGAGAGAAGGAAUUAGAGGCAGCUAAAGGCUUUAACCCUCAUCCCAGCCGGUUUAUGGACUUGGAUGAAUUGCAGAAUCAGGGCAGGAGUGACGGCUUUGAGAGGUCGCUGCAAGAGGCAGAUUCAGUGUUUGAAGAGUCACUGCGUCUGGAACAGAAGGGAGACUGUACUGCAGCUUUGGCUCUCUGUAACGACGCUAUCUCUAAACUAAGACUUGCCCUGCAUGGUGCCAGCUGUAGUACGCACAGCAGAGCCCUAGUCGAUAAGAAGUUGCAAAUCAGUAUUCGAAAAGCACGGAGCCUGCAGGAUCGCAUGCAGCAGCAGCAGCAGUCAACAACACCGUCGGCGCAGCCCUCAGACUUUCUCCCGUCACAAGGGGGCGUUCUUUCCCACAUCCCUCAGCCAACAAGUGAACAACCUAUCCCGCUCCAAAUAUUGUUGAGCCAGGAGGCCCAGCUGGAACCCUGCACAGACACAGAGUUUGGGGCUAGCUCUUUCUUACAUUCAAAUGCUUCCUGCCAUGAGUCACCUGCGUCAUUAUUUCCUGAGUCACCUGCCCCAACUGCCCCACAGCACAGCUUCUCUAACAGAUCUGCCUCACACCUUCCGACUUCAGUCGUAGUAGACUCCAUUGAACUCUCUGCAUUCCACAGGCAGGGCUUACCUAAAACACCAGGGAGGACUGAGAAUAAUUCUCAUCAUGGAUGGGAACCACUGGAUACUCCAGAGAGUAAGCUGCAAGGCUAUAGAACUGACAGUAACAGUUCUAGCAGGAUCCACCCACAAGAAGAAAGAAGCAUUGCUCAAGAAAAACUAUUUCAAGAAAAGAAAGAUCCUGCUGAUCCUUCCCUGGUGCUGCCUUGGUCACAUCCAGUUGGAACAGCCACCUCGGAGAGAAGAGGGGCAUACAGCCCUCCCCAUAGCCCUUCACAUUCAUCAGCUGAGCCAGGUCUUCCCCUGUACAAGGACUGCCACCCCAUAAUGCCUGCUGGUUCCUCAUCAGUGCUUCAAUCUCCUGAUCCUGUGCAGAAAACUAACCAGUGCCUCCAAGCCAAAAGCCCCAAAACUUCAUUGACUCCAAAAGUGGAUAGAAAUAGUGAAGAGUCCUAUAAGUCAGAAUUUCCUAACACAAAGGGGCUUGUUCGCUCUCUGGCAGAGCAGUUCCAGAGGAUGCAAUGCACCUCCAUGAAGGAUGGUAUAGGUUCCCAGGAGAGAAGUUUGCCACAUAGUCUAAGGAAGCAUUCUUCUCCCUCUGAAUCUAAGCCUCCUUUCCCGCAAGAUCAAGGGAAAGACCACCGGCCUUGGGCAAAACCAACAACCUCUCUGGACCGUAGGGACAGUCUACCUUCCUGGGAAGAGCCUACUGACCAUCAGGCUCUUGCUCUGAACUCUGGGUUGCCUAAUGGUGAAACUUCAAGGGGAGGACAGUCCAGGUUGGUGGAGCCAGGUCCAUACAAAGGGAAGCCAUCCCAAGUGAGAGAUGCUUGGCCUAGGGAGCCAGCCAGCAGCAUUGACUUGGGGACUUCCUUGCCUUUGGAUUCCUGGGUGAAUGUCACAAGACUCUAUGAUUCUCAGCUUAAAUAUGAGGUCCCUGAACCAGAAAUAAAGUCCUCCCACCAUGAUUGUCAUACCUUUAUAGCUUAUGCAGAAAGAAACCACAUCCUUUUGCAUCCACAUUGGAACCAAGACACAGAGCAGGAGACCUCAGAAUUGGAGUCUCUCUACCAGGCCAGUCUCCAGGCUUCUCAAGCUGGCUGUUCUCAACUGGGGCAGCAGGAUGCACCCUGGCACCCUUUUAGCCAAACAGGCUCUGCAGACAGCAUGGGGAGGAGGUUGCAUUCAGCCCCUGGCCUUGGUCUCUCAAAGACCCCAACAGCAGAAAUGGAGCACAGUCUCUGUGAAGCCAGCACAACGCCUGCUUCUCAGGAGUCAUCAAACUGGAGAAAAAAGCCUUUGGAAACCGGGCAUCGUUGUUCCAGUUCCUCUUCCCUCUCUGUCACCUCUGACCCUUCUGUGUUUCUCCUUGGUCCCCAACUCUAUCCUCCCCAACCACAGUUCCUGUCCCCAGAUGUCGUGAUGCCCGACAUGGCAGGGGAGCCCCAUAGACCCCAAGGAACUUCAAGGGAUGCCCAGCAGUUUCUGGCUGUGUGUGACAGGGGUGAAACUUCACAAGGGAUCAAAUACACAAGAAAGACUUUGAACUACCGGAGUCUCCCCCAUUGUUCCAGGAGAGAUUCUUCCUGGGGACCCUGGUCAGAGACUAAUCAGCACAUUGGGGCCAGAUUUCUGACCACUCCAGGGUGCCAACCUCCACUAACUCACACUGCCUCUCGACUAGAAAGACACCAGGGACUUCAGGUUCCUCAUGCUCAGUCCUGGAGGGAUCUCUCCCACUCUUCCAUUCUUUACCACUUGUCCACACCAUCCAGUAGUUUUCACGUACCCCCAAGUUCUGUUUGGAAUUCGGCUGCUAUUCCAGGAUCCCGAUCUUCUGGUCCUCGAAGAGUAGAUAUGCCCCCAGAUGAUGACUGGAGACAAAAUAGUUAUGCCCCUGAGUCUGGGCACAGGAGACCAGGGGCAGAAGGGCUUCUGUUUGUUCUAGCUGAUGCCCCUGGAAGAGAACAAGUCAGGGCCAGAGGCCUGCCGCACAGCAGGUGGUAA